CAAUAUACACAUACAGAGGGGAUCACCCCAAUAUACAGAGAGGUCACCCCAAUAUACAAAUACAGAGGGAUCACCCCAAUAUACACAUACAGAGGGGAUCACCCAAUAUACAGAGAGGUCACCCCAAUAUACAACAUACAGAGGGGAUCACCCCAAUAUACAGAGUCACCCCAAUAUACACAUACAGAGGGGUCACCCCCCAAUAUACAGAGAGGUCACCCCAAUAUACACAUACAGAGGGGAUCACCCCAAUAUACAGAGAGGAUCACCCCAAUAUACACAUACAGAGGGGAUCACCCCAAUAUACAGAGAGGUCACCCCAAU